ACAAGUCUGGGCGGUCGCCGGAGGAUCCGGAGCCUCUACCUUACUUUAGAGUAAGGUAGAGUGCCUUGCUUCCUCUCGGUCGUCCGAUGGACAAUUCAACGUUAGAGAUCUUGGGCUCCACUUUUUCGCCGAUCUCGAGGCCGUGUUGCCGCUCCCCUCCCGUCUGAUGCGCAAGGCACCCUCCUACUCGGGUAGAGGAUCCAAUCCGUCGCCGGCCACCCUAAAUCUUGCUAGUUUUACGUUUAGACGUGGGCCAGGGUUGACAGAGUAUGGUAAAGAAAGCGUGAACCAAAUAAAGGAUGCGAGAGUUUCAGUAUAUAAGGGGCCCUUUCCGUUUCUCGUCUUCAACUCUUCUGUCCCGCUCUAGCCUUAAAAAUCGUUGCUAUCGCCAAAAGCUGACUGCUUUAUCAUUAUUACUGCUAACAGGUGCUGCAUUCUUCGUCUGGGUUUUCUUAGACCUGUUUUCCGCAAAAGAAUGGGUCCUGAAUUUUAUUUUUGAAGAUAUUCACUAGCAUUGUUCAAUUCCUGUGCUCCGAAUUUGAUCUCCCUUACAGAGAUAUGCCGAAGAGGAGGAGAAAGGAGAGUAAGAAGAGUCCGGAGAAAGAACUGGUCGCCGAAGACUGGUGCUUUACGUGCAAGGAUGGCGGUGAGCUGCUUCUUUGUGACAACAGGCAGUGUGUAAAAGCCUACCAUCCAGAGUGUGUAGGGAAAGAAUAUUCAGCAUUGACAAGUAACCAACGCUGGAUGUGUGAUUGGCACUUCUGUUUGAUUUGUGGUAGAUCUUCAAUCCUCCAUUGUUAUUGCUGUCCAAAUGCAGUAUGUCGCAAGUGUUUUAAGCAUGCAAAAUUUGUCCGGGUUAAGGAUAAGCGUGGAUUCUGCAAUAAUUGUCUAAAGCUAGCAAUACUUGUAGAGGAAAAUAAGGAUGUAGAUUCUGAAGGGGAAAGUGUAGACUUAAAGGAUCGGGAAACCUAUGAGGGCCUGUUUAGAGAGUAUUAUGAGAUUAUCAGGGAAAGUGAAGGACUUGGUUUAGAUACUCUCCGUGCAGCUAAAAUCCGACUAGACCUGGACAAAAGUGAUCUAUCAUCAUCUGACGCUGAUGAACCUGCUGAUGUAGGUGAAGAUGGAAAGGAUCAAUGCAUCCUUUCUGAUGAUGAUGAUGAUGAUGAUGAACACCCAUAUGAAUGGGGAGGGAAGAAGUCUGGACAAAAAAAGAAGAAACCAGAAUCGCAGAAAGCCAGUUCUAGGAAAAAGAAGAAACCCAAAAAAAUGGUAUUUAGUGGUUGGGGUUCUGACGCUCUCAUAUGUUUUCUUAAAUCAAUUGGUGAGGAAACUAAACAAGAGAGGAAACCUGAUGAUGUGGAAAGGGUUAUCCUUCGAUAUGUAAAAGAAAACAAGCUCACUCAUCCUACUAAGAAAAGGAAGGUCAUUUGUGACUAUAAACUGCAAUCCUUAUUACAGAAGAAGGAGAUCAACAAAAACAGAAUACCUAAGCUCAUUGAAUGUCAUUUUGCUCUGAACGAAGAGGAGUCGGAGGAUGGUGAUAUUUUCAAUGUAGAUGGUGAUGAGAAAAACACGCCGACCAGUGACCUGGAAACGGAGAAUCAGUCAGACAACGAUGAUGCUCUCAAGAAGGAAGGGUUAGUAGCCAGUAUACUUCAGAGUAAAUAUGCUGCCAUAAUCCCAGAAAACAUUAAACUUGUUUACUUGAAGAAGAGCUUGGUGCAUGAGUUAUGCAAACAACCUGAUGCAUUUGAAGAAAAGGUGAUAGGGUGCUUUGUUCGGUUCAAGUCGAACCCAAAUGGUUUUCACCGUCGGAACCUGUAUCAACUUGAGCAAGUUACAGGCAUCAGAAGUGCUUCCCUUGGUGAAGAAAAAAGUGACAUUAUGCUUUCUGUUUCAAAUAUGCCGAAUGAUAUUUGCUUAAGCAUGCUCUCGGAUGCUGAUUUUUCUGAGGAGGAAUGUGGAGAGUUACUAAAUAAGGUGAAAGCUGGGCUGAUAAGCAAACCUGUUUUGGUUGAACUACAAGAGAAAGCAAGCAGUCUUCACAAGGAUAUAACCAAGCAUUGGCUUCCCAGGGAGAUUAAUAGACUGCAGAACCUCAUCAAUUUAGCGAAUGAGAAAGGAUGGAGACGCGAAUUAUAUGAGUACUUGGAAAGGAAGCAGAAGCUGGAAAAUCCGAAAGAAGUGUCUCGGCUAUUAGAAAUACUCCCUGUGGUUAUUCCAGAUUCAGGAGAUCUUGACAGUCCAUCUGAGGAAUAUGAGGAAACUAACAUUGGCAAAAAAGUAGCACCAUCACAAAAAUUAACACCUUCAGUGGUUACAACAGGACUGCCCGUAUUCAUGACUUCUGAAGAAAAGGAGCAUAACAGAACUGAGCAGCCUCUCCAGAUACCUGCAAAUCAAGAACUAAACAAAUUAAAUCCUUGCCAACACAAAAAGGAGCUCAAAAAACACAUAAAUGAUCUCCCUUCCAUGGAUCAUCUGCUUCCUUCACAUGGAAAUGAAAAGCCAAACCAGCAGACAGACGAUGAUGUCAAUCUGGAAACCAUAAAACCUCACAUGUGUGCAAUGGCUGAUGUCAUUAAACCUGGUGAUGAGAAGCCCCAAGUUUGUGAUGGGGAAGAGAAUGAUCAGCACAUGAAUAUUGUCACACAGGUAAACGAAGCAAUUCACAAGGAUGAUAUGAUUACAGAUGAAAAGGCAGAGGUGGUUGGGAGCGAGGACCGGGAGGAACUGGAAAGGAGGCGUGACAGUUAAAGGUUUGGAAGGAAGGGCAGAGUGAGGAAGAUGCAACUCCAUUGAAGGAUGCUGUUAUGCUGGCUUUUCCCAAGGUGUUGAUCAUCAGCCCUUUUCCCUUUGAAUGUUUGUUAGUAGCCCCCCCCCCCCCCCCCCCCCCAUAAUUGAGGCUUUUGUGCAGCAAGACUUUUAAGUUUUAUGGUACCCUUGAAUCCUUUUUUGUUUAUAUUGCUAUGGUUACUGAUUUUACUUUCUGGGAAGUGUUGAUCCUUCUAUGUUAAUGUUCAGGAGUAAUUAAUUAAAACAUUUAAUGAGAAAGAUAAAAU